GUGGCCACACUGUGGGUUGGGGUAGGGGCUGGUGGCCACCAAGACAUGAUUGGUGGCCACCAAGACAUGACAAGCAUAUCCCCACUGUGAAUUGGGGACAGCGUCCAGGGGUUGUUGGCCACCACUAUGAGACCAGUGGCCAUCAAGACGUGACUAGAAACCAGGUGGCCGCGCUGUGGGUUGGGGUAGGGGCUGGUGGCCACCAAGACAUGACUGGUGGCCACCAAGACAUGACAAGCGUGUCCCCACUGUGAAUUGGGGACAGCGUCCAGAGGCUGUUGGCCACCACUAUGAGACCAGUGGUCACCAAGAUGUGACGAGAAACCAGGUGGCCGCACUGUGGGUUGGGGUAGGAGCUGGUGGCCACCAAGAGGUGGUGGUGGGGCGAGCUGUGACACUGUGGCCACUCCCCAGGUCGGCCAGGGCUACCCCCACGACCCGCCGAAGGUGAAGUGCGAGACGAUGGUUUAUCACCCCAACAUCGACCUGGAGGGCAACGUCUGCCUCAACAUCCUCAGAGAGGACUGGAAGCCCGUCCUGACGAUAAACUCCAUCAUCUACGGCCUGCAGUACCUCUUCCUGGUGAGCACCAUGGGGGGCAUGCGCCAGCGGGUUGGGGGCAACCAACGUGGCCCUGGGACACCUCCUGGUGGCCUUGGGACAUGUUCUAAGGGCCUUUGGUGGCCCUGGGACAUCUCCUGGUGGCACCUGGUGGCCUUGGGACAUGUUCUAAGGGCCUUUGGUGGCCUUGGGACACCUUGAGAUGGCACCCAGUGGUCCUGGGACAUGUUCUAGGGCCCUUUGGUGGCCUUGGGAUAUCUUCUGGGUGUGUCUGGUGGCCUUAAGAGGCACCUGGUGGCCUUGGGACACCUUCUAAGGGUCCUCAGUGAUAUUGAGAGACCACAAGGUGGCACCUGGUGGCCCUGGGACACCUCCUCGGGGCAUCUGGUGGCCUUGAGACGCCUUGUAGGGGCACCUGGUGGCCUUGGGACACCUCGAGGUGGCACCCACUGGUCCUGGGACAUGUUCUAAGGGCCUUUGGUGGCCUUGGGACACCUCCUGGGUGUGCCUGGUGGCCUUGGGACACCUUCUAAGGGUCCUCAGUGAUGCUUAAAGACCCCAAGGUGGCACCUGGUGGCCCUGGGGCAUCUUCUGGGGGCAACUGGUGGCCCUGGGAUAUCUCCUCGGGGCACCUGGUGGCCUUGAGACACCUUAUAGGGGCACUUGGUGGCAUUUGGACAUCUCAGUGUGGCAUCUGGUGGCCCCUAGGACAUGUCCCAGGGCCCAUGGUGGUCUUGGGAGAUCCGAAGGUGGUAUCCUGAAGAGGCACCUGGUGGCCCUUGGACAUCUCCUGGUAGCACCUAGUGGCCUUGGGACAUGUUCUAAUGGCCUUUGGUGGCCCUGGGACACCUCCUUGAGGCACCUGAUGGCCUUGGGACACCUUGAGGUGGCACCCAGUGGUCCUGGGACAUGUUCUAAGGGCCUUUGGUGGCCUUGGGACAUCUCCUGGGUGUGUCUGGUGGCUUUAAGAGGCACCCGGUGGCCUUGGGACACCUUCUGAGUGUCCUCAGUGAUGUUGAGAGACCCCAAGGUGGCACCUGGUGGCCCUGGGACAUCUUCUGGGGGCACCUGGUGGCCUUGGGACACCUUGUAGGGGCACUUGGUGGCCUUGGGACACCUCGAGGUGGCACCCACUGGUCCUGGGACAUGUUCUAAGGGCCUUUGGUGCCCUUGGGACAUCUGGGUGUGCCUGGUGGCCUUGGGACAUCCUGAGGAGGCACCUGGUGGCCUUGGGACACCUUCUAAGGGUCCUCAGUGAUGCUUAGAGACCCCAAGGUGGCACCUGGUGGCCCUGGGGCAUUUCCUGGGGGCACCCGGUGGCCUUGGGACACCAGAAUGUGGCACCUGGUAGCCCUUAGGACAUAUCCCAGGGCCCUCGAUAGUCUUGGGAGACCCAAAGGUGGCAUCCUGAGGAGGUACCUGGUGGCCCUGGAACAUGUUCUAGGGGCCCAUGGUGGCCUUGGGACACCUCCUGGAGUCACCCGAUGGCCUUGGGAUACCCUGAGGUGGCACCUGGUGGCCUUGAGACAUUCCCUUGGUCACCCUAGUGGACUUGGGACACUUUUUGGGGGGCCACCCAAAGGGGGCACCCAGUGACACUUUGAGGUGGCCCCCAAUGGCCAAGGGACACCGGGAGGUGGCCCAGGAACAACGUGAGGUGGCCUCCGAUGGCUGAGGGACACUAGAAGGUGGCCCCCAGUGGCCCCAGGGAUACUCUGAGGUGGCCCAGGGACACCAGGAGGUGGCCCCCAAUGACCAAGGGACACCAAGAGGUGGCCCUCAAUGGCUGAGGGACACACUGAGGUGAUGUGGGGACAUCCUGAGGUGGCCCCCGAUGGCCCAGGGACACCAGGAGAUGGCCCCCAAUGGCCCAGGGACUCCAGGAGGUGGUCCCCAAUGGCUGAGGGACACCCUGAGGUGGCCCGGGGACACCAUGAGGUGGCCCCCAAUGGCCCAGGGACACCAGGAGAUGGCCCCCAAUGGCCAAGGGACACCCUGAGGUGGCCCAGGGACACCAGGAGAUGGCCCCCAAUGGCCAAGGGACACCCUGAGGUGACCCAGGGACACCAUGAGGUGGCCCCCAAUGGCCAAGAGACACCAGGAGGUGGCC